AUGGGGUCCUUCUUAUUCAUCCCUACUGCUUUCUUACUUUUUGUUCUCCUUGUUCUCGUCUCCGGUGGAUCUUUCUCAGAGUUCAUAUACCCGAAUUUCUCAGCUUCACACUUUCAAUUCGUUGACAACGCCGGCGGUGCCUUCUUGUCCUCUCGAAAUGGAACAUUUAAAGCUGCUAUUGUCAAUCCAGGUGCUGAACAACCCAACUUCUACUUGUGCAUCAUCCAUGUGGCAUCCAACACCGUCAUCUGGACUGCUAAUCGUAAUGCUUCCAUAUCAGCUUCUGGUAAGAUGAAUCUAACGGCUAAAGGUGUUAGCAUUUCAGAUGAGGAUGGUAAUCCCGUAUGGUCAACUCCAUCAUUGAAGUCACCAGUUUCUGCAUUACUCCUGAAUGAAAUGGGUAAUCUUAUCCUUCUUGAUCAAUUCAAUGGUUCCCUUUGGGAAAGUUUUCAUUAUCCAACCGACACGAUUGUGAUUGGACAACACUUACCAGUUGGGUCAUUUCUGUCCAGUACUCGAUCAAAUUUUUCAAUUGGUGAUUACAGGCUCAUAAUAAGUGAUUCUGAUGCGAUACUUCAAUGGCUUGGACAGACAUAUUGGGAAUUGUCAAUGGAUACAAACGCUUAUACAAACUCGAAUUAUAUAGUGGAAUAUAUGUCCAUUGACAGAACAGGUCUUCAUCUGCUUGGUCGUAAUGGAACAGUGGUCGUGAUUCAGGUACUCUUGUCAUCUUCUGACUUGCGAAUUGCCAAGUUGGAGUCCUCUGGCCAAUUUACUGUCAAAAGUUUAUCUGGUACUGACUGGAAGCAAGAAUUUGGUGGGCCAGCUGAUGAUUGUCAAAUUCCAUUGGUUUGUGGCAGAAUUGGUUUGUGUACUGCAUCCACCAGCCAUACUUGUUCAUGCCCCGCAAGCUUCCAUGCAGGUUCUGAAGAUACUGGCGGUUGUGUGCCAAGUGGUUCUUUUUCUUUGCCGUUUUCUUGCAACUCAACCAUUAAUGGUAGUCAGUUGAAUUCACCAGCCAUUUCAUAUAUCAGGCUUGACUACGGUAUGGAUUAUUUUGCCAAUGUUUUCUCUGAGCCUGUAAAAUAUGGUGUUAAUUUGUCAACCUGUCAAGCUCUCUGCUCAAAUGACUGCACUUGCUUGGGAAUUUUUUAUGAAAAUUCAUCUGGUUCUUGCUAUACACUUAAAGACGAGUUGGGUUCCAUUUUUGUGAGUAAUACAGCCAAAAAUGACCUGUUGGGCUACAUCAAGGCUCUUGUUGGAUCUUCUCCAUCAAACUUCAGUGAUAAUAAGAAUCCCAGCAAUCAAAGCAAAAACUUUCCUGUAGCUGCUCUGGUGCUUUUGCCGUUCAGUGGGUUCUUUCUGUUGGUAGCUCUAGGUUUCCUCUUGUGGGGAAGACGGAGACAGUCAAAGGAAAAAGAGAUAAAAUUAGGGCAUUUUGGUUCACUUUCUUCAGGGGAUAUGGAUGCCUUCUAUAUCCCAGGUUUACCUAAGAGGUUUGAUUAUCAAGAACUUGAAGUGGCUACAGAUGAUUUCAAGACCCUGAUUGGGUCAGGUGGGUUUGGUGCUGUGUAUAAGGGUGUUCUACCUGAUAAAACUGUUGUAGCUGUAAAAAAGAUAAUAAAUUUAGGUGUUCAAGGGAAAAAAGAUUUCUGCAGUGAGAUUGCAGUAAUUGGUAAUAUUCACCAUGCCAAUUUGGUCAAACUGAAAGGUUUUUGCGCCCAAGGGAGACAACGCCUUUUGGUUUAUGAGUAUAUGAAUCGUGGGUCACUUGACCGCAGUCUUUUUGGUAGUGGACCAGUAUUAGAAUGGCAAGAGAGGCUUGAUAUAGCACUAGGGACAGCCCGUGGGCUUGCAUACCUGCACAGUGGGUGUGAACAGAAGAUAAUCCAUUGUGAUGUGAAGCCAGAGAACAUUCUCUUACACGACCACUUUCAAGCAAAGAUCUCCGAUUUUGGCCUUUCAAAGCUUCUAACUACUGAACAGUCUAGUCUAUUUACAACUAUGAGGGGCACGCGUGGCUAUCUCGCCCCAGAAUGGCUUACUAACUCUGCAAUCUCAGAAAAAACUGACGUCUAUAGUUUUGGAAUGGUACUACUUGAACUUGUGAGUGGAAGGAAAAAUACAUUACGCCUGCAAAGCCAUAGCCUGAAUAACAGUAGCAGCGGUGGGGGUCAGUCAUCAUCGUCAUCUGGGUCAGCACUUGUUUAUUUUCCUCUAUUUGCUCUAGAGAUGCAUGAGCAGGGGAGGUACUUGGAGCUUGCUGACUGGAGAUUGGAGGGACGGGUGACAAGUGAAGAGGUGGAGAAAUUUGUACGUGUCGCAUUGUGUUGCGUUCAUGAGGAACCGGCACUUAGGCCAAAUAUGAAUACUAUUGUUGGCAUGCUGGAAGGUGGGAUCCCUUUGGGUCGGCCAAAUUUGCAAUCAUUGAAUUUCUUGCGCUUUAUUGGGCGUGGAUUUACUGAGGCUUCUAUGAUAGAAGAGGGAACUGAGCAAAUUGAUCGUGUGUUGUAUCCAGAGGCGAAUGCUUCUCCUACAACAACAACAAUGGACUCGCGUAAUUACUUCUCUUAUGUCUCUUCACAGCAAGUUUCAGGCCCAAGAUAG